AUCAAAACAUCGGCUUGCAAUAUUGUUUCUAUCUAUAGUUAUGUAACAUAAUUAUUGUGUGUAUAUAAAUGCUGCUUAUUGUACAAUUGUGUUAGUUUGACCGAAGCAAACAUGAACUUCCACAUAGGAACUAUUGUUUUGUUCUGCCUCUUGAAGAACUCCUUCGCCCAAGUGGGGCUCGGCAAUGGGUUCGGAAACCUGGGCCUCAACAACAUAGCCGACAACGUAGCAAGCAACAACUUCGCUUCCAGCAACUUAGCAGGAAAUAGCUUACUUAACAACAACUUAGCUGUUUCAAACGUCGCGGCUAACAACGCAGCUGUCAAUAGCCUGGCUUCUAAUAGCUUGGCUUCUAAUAGCUUGGCUGCUAAUAGUUUAAAUAAUUUUGCUAAUAAUGAAGCUUACAAUAGCCUAGCCGCUAACAGUGUGGCGGCAAACAAUUUUGCUGCCAACAAUCUUGCCAACAACAUAGCUGCCAAUAAUUUAGCUGCAGCAAAUCUAGCAGCUUCAAGUUUAGCUGCGACGAAUAACUUGAAUAACUUAGGAAAUAAUGAAGCCAUUAAUAAUCUUGCUGCCAAUAGCUUAGCAUACAAUAAUUUUGGCGGCAAUAACGUGUUAGCUAAUAAUGUAGCUGCAAAUAGCUUAGCCGCUAAUAGUUUGGCUGCUAAUAACUUAGCCGCUAAUAGUUUGGCUGCUAAUAACUUAGCCGCUAAUAGUUUGGCUGCUAAUAACUUAGCUGCCAAUAGUUUGGCUGCUAAUAACUUAGCCGCUAAUAGUUUGGCUGCUAAUAACUUAGCUGCAAAUAGUUUAGCCGCGAAUAGUUGGGCAGCGAAUAAUUUUGCCAAUAAUUUAGCCGCCUCAAAUUUAGCUGCCAACAAUUUAGCAGGGAAUUUUGGAAAUAAUGUAGCUUUAAACAAUUUUGCUAGCACUUCUAUAGCAAAUAACAAUCUAAUUAACAAUCUUAAUGCUAAUGCAUUUGGCAAUAAUUAUUUAAGUAACCUUAAUGUGGUAGGAAAUUUAGCUUCUGGAGCUUUGGCAGGCUAUGGCAGCACUCAGUUAGGGGAUAUUGUGGUUUCCGGUGAGUUGCCAGUUACUGGCAGAACUGGCAUAACAGGUGACAUGCCAGUCAUUGGCUAUGUCACUUUUGAAGGUUAUGUACCAGCCGAUGGUAUAGUCAGUGUUGCCAACUGCGAUUGUUUUAGUACAUAAAGUAGUAGUAGUUUUUAAUUGUGACAUUUAAAUAAAUUGUUUGUUGUUGA